UAUAAUGAUAACUCCUUUAAUAGCUCCAUGGAAAGAUAAUGUCGUUCACUGUCAGCUGUUGUGAACUUUAACCUUUGUUUACUUUUAGUCCUGUUGUCUGUUUUCAAUGAGGGCGUUUCUUAUUGAUAAUUGAUCGCCGGUGCAGCGGCUGCAGGAGGAGGAAGAAGAUGUUGGCCGCCUUGGUGUAUGGAGCUGUGGUGUUUCCAGGACUGUUCUGCAGCUGCAGGAAGCUGCUCAGGUCUGCUUUCACACAGUGGACUGAAGCAGACGUGGUUUCUGUCAGUGAGAGGCUGGUUUCUGCCGUCCAUGCGUCCUUUGCUACUGCAGCUGGAGUAAUAGUUGUGACAUCAUGCAGGGACGUCAUGUAUGACAGUCACUGGCUGGUGAAUGGAUUUGUUCUAUUUGGAGCUCCCUAUAUGGCCAACGACCUCUACGCCAUGUAUCUGAGUCACUACCAUACACAGAAGGUCAAAGGUCAUGCCAGUUCAUACGGCCGCCACUCUCUGCAGACAGUGAAGGCUUUCCUCAUUAAGGAAUGGAUGUUGGUGCUCCAUCAUGCAGUGCUGCUUCUCAUUUUCAUGCCCAUCACUCUGUUCUUCAGAAGAGGACUGGGUGAUUUCUUCAUCGGUUGCCUUUUCAUGGCAGAGUUCAGCACUCCGUUCAUCUCUAUAGGAAAGAUCCUCAUCCAGCUGGGCUUCGAUGACACCCUGCUGCACCGAAUCAACGGCAUCGUUGUCCUCCUGAGCUUCUUCACGUGUCGGAUCCUGGUCUUCCCCUUCAUGUACUGGACGUACGGCAGACAGUUUGGGAUCCCCCUGCACAGAGUGGCCCUACAUCUGCCUCUGCAUUGCAACGUGGGUAACCUGGUGAUCCUGGCUCCGCAGAUCUACUGGUUUAUCCUCCUGCUGAAGAAAGCGAACAGACUCUACCUCAGACAGAGGAGAGGGAGGGGAGGUGGACACAAAGACAAGCCAUGUACAGACUGAGAACAAAUACUGAAAACACUGAUCACUGAUGCUCAUUGCCCACUGCUCUUGCAAUAAUUGGCUGGAGGGCAGUGCAACAUUUAUUUGUUUAGUUAUUUGUUGGAUUGUUCAGUCAUUCAAAGAUGUGUCAGUAGCUUUAAGCCCAACCUGAACAAAUGUGGUAUAUUAUGAGAGUAAAGCUGAAAUAUUUAGCUUGAAAUAUUACAACUUUUUUUGUACAUUUUUGACUUUUUGUUCCAGUAAAUCUUUCUCCUUAAAUUAUUACGACUUUCUCUACAUACAUUUCCCUUGUAUCGGUACAUCUUAGCAUUUCAGGGUUUGUUGUGCACUACGUCAUUAUUUACUUUGAUCUGUAAAUUAUGAAAUGAACUGCUGAUGUGUAAUGUUCAUGUUUCCUCUCAGGAAGUGUUAAUCAGCUGCUACUAUGAUACAGUACUGCCUUAAAUGUUUUGUUAGUUUGUGCACACUGGUGAAGCCUUACU